UGCACUGGGAAAAUCCUUUGUAUCUUGAUGAGGAGACUGUUUUCUCUCCCCUCACCCAUGCAAUGUCCUCCUUUUUUACCUGACCUUCUGUCUCCUAGUUCCCAGACUUCACUUCUAUACCUCUUCUCCCUGGCAGGCAGGAUGACUCCAAACACCCUGACCGUGAAUGGAGUCGAUGUGGCCUCCACGCUAUCCCAGCCCACCCACAUCCACAUCCACAUCCAUCAGGAAUCAGCUUUGGCCCAACUUCUAAAGGCUGGGGGUUCCCUGAUGUGUCGUCUGUCUCACGCUCGAGACACUGCUCCUCCCAAGGCCAGGAUGAGCCAUUGGCAGCUGGCACUAGGGGUGACCCAGAUACUGCUGGGGGCUGUGAGCUGUGCUCUUGGAGUGUUCCUCUACUUUGGGCCCUGGAUUGAGCUGCGUGGUUCAGGCUGUGCCUUCUGGGCAGGGACUGUGGCUAUUGUGGCAGGAGCCGGGACCAUUGUCCAUGAGAAGUACCAGGGCCGACUUUCAGGCUGCGUGUCAGGUCUGCUCACCCUGGCUGGCAUCACCACAGUCCUGGUAGCUGUUGUCCUCUGUGUGAAUAGCUUAACCUGGCAAACUGAUGACUUCUUCUACAUCGACUCAGUGUGUGAUCGCCCCACCCCUGACACCACAACCAGUGGUUACAGAUGGAUGCGCCAAAGCAGGAGUGACUCAGACUGGAGGGAGAAUCAGUGCAGGUCCUACAUGCAGAUGCUGAUGAAUAUGUUCUUAGGAAUCCGUGCUCUGCUCCUGGCUGUCUGUGUCCUGCAGGCCAUUGUGUCCUUGACUUCCCUGGGCGUGGGUCUUCAAAGCUUGCACAGCCACAGCUCACAGCCCCUGAAUGAGGAAGAGUCGGAGAAGAAGCUCUUGGGGGGGAAUUCCAUGCCUCCCUCUCCCUCCAAGGACAGCACCCAGAUUGCCAUCAUCCUGUGA